AUGGUCUCGUGUCCCAUUUGCAGCAACUCCGUCCCCUCCGUGAAGAUCAACGAUCACAUUGAUUCCAAUUGUCAAAGCUUUAUCGAGGAACCGACCUCCAUUGCGGGGGACUCGUCCUCUCAGAAGGCCCAAGUUCCAAGCAUCUUCCAGCCAGCAUCAGCGCGUAAAACCCCCUCACAACCGAACGCGCAGAAAGAUAUACGCUCCGAUUCCUCGCCUCUACAAAAUGUCACCCGCAAGCGAACGAUGCCUCCACCCUCGGAUCACCGAGCGGAGACGAAUCCCGCAUCGAGCUCGGAUCCCUCUCAAUCGGAGCCGCAGUCAAAGAAACCAAAGAUGAACGCAUUUAAGAAAGCGGCCCCCUUGGCGGAACGGAUGCGUCCUCGCACCCUAGACGAGGUCUGCGGCCAGGACUUAGUCGGCCAACAUGGCGUUCUUCGCGGAUUGAUUGAACAAGACCGGGUUCCUAGCAUGAUCCUAUGGGGAGGCCCGGGAACCGGUAAAACAACCAUUGCCAGGGUCAUCGCAUCGAUGGUGGGCAGUCGGUUUGUGGAAAUAAACAGCACCAGUACUGGAGUCGCGGAGUGCAAGAAGAUAUUCUCCGAAGCGAAAAGCGAAUUAGGGCUUACCGGGAGGAAGACCAUAAUUUUCUGCGACGAAAUCCAUCGCUUUUCCAAAACGCAGCAGGAUGUCUUCUUGGGGCCCGUGGAAAGCGGACAGGUUACCCUGAUCGGUGCCACCACGGAGAACCCCUCCUUCAAGGUUCAGAGUGCCUUACUCUCCCGGUGCAGAACCUUUACGUUGUCCAAGCUCACCGAUGAAGACGUCGCGCAGAUUCUUUACCGUGCUCUGGAGGUUGAGGGACCAAAUUAUGCGCCGUCUAGCUUGGUUGACGAUGAGCUAGUUGAGUACCUGGCCAAGUUCUCCGACGGCGAUGCUCGAACUUCUCUCAACCUCCUCGAACUAGCAAUGGACCUAUCGAAACGACCUGGAAUCUCCAGCGAAGAGCUGAAGCGGUCCUUGACUAAGACCUUGGUGUAUGAUCGUGCGGGAGACCAGCAUUAUGAUACGAUCUCAGCCUUUCACAAGUCAAUCAGGGGCAGCGACGCGGACGCGGCUCUAUACUAUUUAGCACGGAUGAUACAGUCUGGAGAAGACCCGUUAUAUAUCGCCCGGCGUUUGAUCGUGGUGGCCUCGGAGGAUAUUGGUCUAGCAGACAACAGUAUGCUCACGCUUGCCAUCUCAACUCACUCGGCUGUCGAGAAGAUUGGGCUUCCCGAGGCACGCAUCAACCUAGCCCACGCCACGGUAGCUAUGGCGUUGUCCAAGAAGAGCACGCGGUCAUACAGAGGCCUAAACAAUGCCAACGCUGCGCUUGCAGAGCCGGGCGUCGCCGGGCUGCCCAUUCCAAUCCAUCUCCGAAACGCCCCGACCAGGCUGAUGAAAGAACUUGGAUAUGGAAAGGAGUACAAGUACAACCCGAACUAUAGGAAUGGUGAGGUGGCGCAAGAAUAUCUCCCGGAGAAACUGAAGGAUCGGAAAUUCUUGGAAGACCUGGAUCUGGGCUAUCAAGUCGACCCAAAUCUCCAAACUCAAGACAUGGAUUUCUCGGAUGGUCCGUUUUGA